AUGAUACAUUGCAACAGUGUAGAUGGUAGGUAUUUUUACAAAGUGAACAUAUUAUGCCGGCUACACACGCUUGGUGUUUGAGGCAAACACCCAACACAUGCCAAAUACCAACCCACAAUCACCCAACAAACACGGCAUCCCCAGGCUUGGCGAGCGUGCUAGUGUAUUUUGUGAAGGCAAACAUGACGGACGUCGACGACGUCGAGCUUAUUGCAGCAAUUACAUUCGGGUUAUCCUAUUUUUAUUUUAAAAAGAAGCAAAAUGAAAUGAAACUAAAAAGAAGGAAACAAAGACGGUGGUGGAUGAUCAAAAUUCACAGAAAUCGUACAAGGUAA